AACUGGGGGAACUGACCGCGCGCGCCUAACAGCUAAAAACAGAAUAAGGAAAACAGUCAGCAUACCAUCAGAGAUCACUGGUACUGUUAUUGUGACCUGUAGCUCAUUAAUCUCAGUGUCCUGUGCUCGAAGCUGCCCACGCACAGCUGAACAGAGAGAGAGAGAGAGAGACAGAGAGAGAGAGAGAGAGAGGGAGAGAGAGAGAUUUCCCAUCCAGUGUGAAUUUAGACAGCAGCACUGCCUGAACCGGAGAGCACGCGCGCUUUUCAUUUUCCGAUCGCGCGAUUGAUUAACUCGCCCUGAUAAAUGGGACUCUGGACUAUUUCUCACCUCAUAACCGAACUUGCAGUUUGCUCAUAAAGAGAGAUUAUGUUCACUUUGGCUUUCCAGUUUCCUCUGAUCGCCGUCCUUGCAAUAUCAGGCACGAGUGGUCAGACUGUUCACACGGACAGUGACCGGUCUGGCUAUGUGGGCACUCAGGUGGAGUUGCGUUGUCAUUUUGCCAACAGCAAACCACCGGUGAAGAUCUCCCAGGUCACCUGGCAGAAGUCUGUCAAUGGCACCAAGCAGAACGUGGCCAUCGCCAAUCCAGCUCUGGGUGUGUCUGUGCUACCAGCUUUUAAAGACCGGGUAAGGUUUAAGAACCCAGCGGUUCGCCAAAGAGCACCUUCACUGGAGGACACGACUAUCAUCUUCAAUAACUUGAAACUGUCUGAUGAGGCCACGUACAUCUGCGAAUACACCACCUUUCCUGCGGGUAACAGGGAGAGCACGGUCAAUCUCACCAUUUACGCUCGACCGAUGGUCCAGAUGAGUCUGUCCACACCCACCAUAGUGGCAGGAUCAAAAGAUAUGAAAAUGACCGUAGCAACGUGUGUCUCAGCCAACGGGAAGCCCCCUGCUGUGAUCACAUGGGACACUGAGUUAGAUGGUGAAGCAAACACUGAGGAGAUAAGGAACACUGAUGGGACGAUAACAGUGCGCAGUGACUACAUCAUGACACCCAGUCGAGAAGCACAUGAGCAGCGACUUACCUGCAUCUCCACCUACAAUAAUGAUCAGCAAACAGACAACGUUAUUCUCAACGUACAGUACGAGCCAGAGGUGAGCAUUGAGGGCUUUGAUGGAAACUGGUAUAUAAAUCGCGAGAAUGUUCAGCUAACUUGCUUGGCCGAUGCGAAUCCAGCCGUUUCUUCAUUUCAGUGGAGAUAUCUGAACGGCUCCAUGCCGAAUACAGCUGAGCAACGCGAGGACACACUAAUCUUUAAGGGUCCUGUAACCUAUGAGAUGGCAGGGACAUACAUGUGUGAUGCCACCAACAGUAUUGGUACAGGUUCAGCUUCAGUCGAGGUGAUUAUAACAGAGUCCCCUAGCUCCACACAUGCUGAGCAACAGCGAGCAGGCGCUGCUAUUGGUGGAGCAGUUGUGUGUGGUACAGUGCUGCUGGCAGCCAUUAUAUUGUUGGUGGUCUUCUUUCAUCGGCAAAGGCGCACGUUUAAAGGAGAUUACAGCACCAAAAAACAGGUCCUGGCCAACGGCUUUGGCAAAUCUAGCGACCUGUCGUCGUGCCCCUCUCUGCCUCAGAGCCUGACCUAUCCCGAAGACCUGAACUAUCCUGAGGAUGAGAAGAAGCCUGAACUUUAUGGAAGCCCCAGUUUCUUAGGUGAAAGUGUUCAGGAGUUCCAUAAUAAUCCUCCCAACAGGAUGAAGACCUACAGUCCAGUGGAGGACAGCAAGAGGUUGAGAUAUAACGAACAGAGCUACAGGGAUGGCUAUGGGUCUGAAAUGGAAGUCUCGGUGGAUAUGGUUCCUCAAAAGGAUGGUUCUGUCAUCUCUAAAGAGGAGUGGUAUGUGUGAAAAGAAAACGAGGAAAAAAAUCUUUGUAUAUAAAUUCAUCUACAUGCCAUCAUUAGAAUUCCUUCCCAAAUUCCAUGCUAGUAAAUAUAGCUUAAAAUCCAAAUAAAUAUGGGUCAGCUUUAUUUAUAUUCAUCUCUGGUGUUAGAAUGAAGUCCAGAAUAAUGAGCAUUUUUCAACCAUUCACUGGUCCUGUGUCUGAUUUGUUAUACAUUUGUCAUGCACUAAAGUAAAUUAUACCACAGUGCUGGUAAAUUCUCAAACCUGACUGGCCUGAAGUUGUUUAAUGUUUUAUAACAGCACCUCUGACAGUAGUUCCAGCUAUGAAGAAAAUCAUUAUGUGUUAGUUCUAAUACGUCUACGUCACUAAGUCACAGGGGCUUUUACAUUGAACACUCCACAUAAUCUAAGUCUAAUAAGUAAAAUAAAAAAGUGUUAAUUAACUAAGAGAAACAGUCAUUGAUAUGGUGAAGCUUUCAAUAAGAUGUUUAUUUAACAUUUUUGGAAGGAGUCUCCAGUGUUGCUUUGUAACAGUCUGUAAUUUUGAGCUGUGUUUUGUCAUUAACAAGCUGCUUUUUUAUUAUUAACUUCAAGAGAAAGUGAGGGAGUGACUGUUUAUAGCUGCUAUAACGUAAGUGAUAACAGGAACUAGCUGUCAAUAUGUGGCACAACAUUAAAUGUAAAUAUAGACAGAUAAAAAGUAAAAUUGCUGUGGUAUAAGAGGGAUAAAACACUAGAGGAUGUGCUGUUAUAGAAAAAAAAUUGGUAACACAACAGUAAGUGUUGUGUUUUUUUCCUUCCUUUGACCCCCUUUUUUUUGGAUACGGUCAUUAUUCAUUGUUAGCACUUAAAAGAGCAGAUAAUGGCUGCACCUUUGUUAGAUUAUAGUGUGUAUAUAUAUAUAUAUAUAUAUAUAUAUAUAUAUAUAUAUAUACAGCAUGUUAUGGUGGGGAUCUUUUAUUUUUUUCCCAGAGAAGCUCACAUACCCUACACAGCAGAUAUAUUCACACCUGACCUUUGCAUUAUCUGGACAUGGUCACAGAGUGAGACAAUUGGGGAUGAGUAAUGUCAGCGAAGUCUAAACAUCUAGUGGUGGCAAGUAAAUUGUGUGAGAGGUCACAGCAUCACAUGCACAUACGGAACGGGUUCAGAAUUAAACAUUCAACCAUUUUUCAGGCACUUUGUUUACUGUGAAAAUUUUGCACUGUCGCUGUUAGUGUAGUCCUUUGUUGAUACUUUGUUAUUAUACUAGAUAUUGUAGUUUUUUUAUAAGGGGAUAAAAUGUCAAAUUUCACAUAAAAAAGUGUCAAUAGACACUAAAAUCAAGAACGUAAAAGAAGAAGCAGUUUAUAAAAACUAAAUGAAACAUGGAGCAUGUAUGCAUGCAUAGCCACAAAACAUAUUAUGAUUGAUUUUUUAUAAACUGUGAUAAGGAAAAACACAUGGAUUUCCACUGGUACUUGGCAUUUCCAUUGUUAUUUUCAUAACAAACAGGGCAUCACAAUGCUGCCAAACAGUUUAUAUUUUUGUCAGAUAUUAUGAAGUGAGAUGAUCAGAUGCUCAAAGCACAAAAUAAAAAUGAAAGAUUACAGUGUGCGAUCUUGCCUAGGUAAAUACUGCAAUAACAAUCAACACACAGUUCCUUCAUGUGUGAUUACCAGUAACAUACGUUAAAUAGGUUGUGUCAAGCAUACAAAAAUGAACACCAGGAAAUAAAUAUAUUUCUAAUCACAAGUUCACAUCUACUGGAAAUGAAUUUCAAGUCAGUAAAUAUGACCGCCAGGAUCAGAGAUCAGUGUAAAAUCUGCUGUUUUUCAAUGCUUUUAGGACUCUAAUAUGAUUGACUGCACCAGAAGCCUUUGGUAAACAGUGAAGAUUUAGGUGCAGGGUUUUAUAGCAUCUGUGGGACAGAGCUUAGUUACAAAUGCACUUUUAUUUCCCAAAGUGUUAGAGUGAGUGCUUAGAGUGAGACUUAUGGCAUCAUGUUUGAAAUCCAGGCCCAGAUGGUGUUGUGAUGUGUAGCUGAAUUAUGCCUGAAGCCAGACUCAGUUGGAUUUUUAAAUAUUUCUACUGCUUUAAAGGUGCAGUUUGUAAUGUUUAAAAGUGUUUCUUGGCAAUAAUUAUAAAUUUAUAAUGUUAAAAAACCUAUGACCAACAGCCUGCGGUUUUUGUUUACUUUUUUCUGGCCCAGAAAUGUGCUCCGCCCCCACCCAGAACAGAGCUGCUCAACUCUGCUCCUUUUCCUUAAGGAGGCUUUCGCAUAAGCAGCAUUUAGUGCAUUUGAAUAGUGCAAAGCCUAGUGUGUUUAUCUGCUUGGCGUAGUUCAUUUAGGCCGUGUGAGAACACAGCAAUCCACAUCUGCUGCAGCUUUUAGUACUGCAGAAAAACAAAUGCAAAGGGAAGACCACAUUCUCUAUUAAGGAAGCAAGGAACAUCAGUUGUGUAUACAGAAACUAAUUUUAUGGGGGAUAAAGAAAUAUGCCAAAUAAAAUCACUGUUUCAUCUGUUAGUUGAAAUGGAUAAGUGGAAGGAUGCCAGACUGUAGCAGAAGAAAUUGUGGCAUUCAGAAAUAGUCAUUUCAUUUUUUAAGGCACAGUCUACCAUCAACAAAUCGAACCAUAUUAAUACCAAUAAUAGACAUAUGAAAAUCAGUGAAAAUGCUAAAAAAAAAACAUGGUAGUAAUAGGGGGAAAUGACAUCUACCCUUCUUUUUCCUCCUCCUGCAGUAAACCUCUAGUAUUUCAUCAGCUUGAUUUUCCUAUGCUCAGAGUGUAGCUAGCUGGCUAGUAGCUUUCAGACAGAAACAGGAAAAAUGCACAAUCUGGGGUAAAAAUGGAGGAAUCAUAAUGGCGACAUUGUCGGAACAUUAUAGUGCAAUUACUGAGCAAAGCAAUGAUAUUUGAUAUGUAUAUCAUGUUAACCACCCACAAAUAAGCAUUUGCAAGUGUCAUAAAAUACGACAGUAACACCCUUUAGGAACAGAAAGAACCAAUAACUAGACAGAUUGUGCAGAACACCCACACACACACACCCACACACACACACACACACACACAAAUCUAACCAAUGUUGGCUCAACAGCAUCACGUGUAGCUUGUUUGCUAAUUGGGAAGACAUCGCUACAGAAUUUUUGGUUCACUGUUAAUGCAUGCUCUUAAUAUUCUGCUUUUUAUUGAAAAGUUGCAUGAAAGGAACUUGAGCUGAAUCUGCUUAUCAGCACUGGAGUGCGGAGAUUAAAUAAAUCAUCAUCACUAGGGGGUGCUGUCUUACGGCACUGACUGGUUUAAAUCACACGUAAUCAAAAAUGGCUGAAAGAGGCACAUGAUCAUCAAAUAACGGUGUAAGUACCUCUUACUGCAGAACAAGAAGUCCAUGGGAUGGACCAGCUAGCUAAUCUCGCUAAUCUACCUUCAGGCUGGAGAAGUGUGUUAAGUGUGUUGUUUCAUGUUAUACACUGUUGUCUAGGUUAGAGUUAGGCUUAUAGGCAAAGUUGGAUCAGAUCCAGCUCCACCUCUGGACUUUUGAUUCUGCGUGUGAGGACUAUCUUAUCUUAUCUUCCCACUUAGCAGACAAGGUCUUUUUCAAAGUUGUUGAAAUGGAAAUUAAGCACAUUGUGCAGAAGUAUGUGUGCUAUCUCAGGAAGCUGUGACCAUAUAAGGAAAGUAAAUGGCUAACAGUGACAGUUGCACAUGCCGAGAAGACAGAAUCAGUUCGGCUGUAACAGCAAUGCUGAUCCAAACAAAUGUAUCACCAGAUUAAAACCAAGCUAAACUCAAGCAAUGGAUGACGAAUUAAUUCUGGGAUGCAGGUUGAAACUUAAAAUUGUGGUAAUUCAACUGUAAUUUAGCAAAACAUGUCCAGUAAAUGUAUUUAGUAUAAUCAUGUCCAAUCUUAUCAUACUCAUAAAAAGGCUGCAAGUUGGUUAAAUAACUGUACUUCAAAGUCCAUAUUCGUUGUACAGAUUAGGUUAAUAUUUUAGAGCUGCAUGAAAUCAUCCUGUUUUAUGUAUAUACAGCUAGAUGCUGUGCAUGCGGUGCAUUAUAAACUUCACCAAAGACUAUUGUAAAAGUUAUCACGUUCUACCAAAUGACAGAAAAGCUCUUAAAUUCAUUUAUGGAUUGAUGUGUUAGAUGUAAUUUAUUGAGUUAAAAACACAGUAAAAACAUGCUUGUACAUAUUUGCUGUAUAAAUGUCUUGUAGUGCAACUGGUUAUGUGCAAAGGAUACAAUAAAACAUGUAUAAUGUGUAUAUGUUGUGCUCAAAUACAGUUCUGUUCACCAAAGUGUUACAUAAUCCUGAAAUGUGAUGAAUAAUAUGUUUUUGCUUUUGCACAAGGAUUUAAUUACUCUGUAUAGUGUUUUGUAAAUAUUUGAAAUAUGUUGAGUGUUGUGCAAUAAGUCACUAUUGUGAAAUUAUUAUGCUGUACAGUAUAUAUUUUCACUGGCAUGUCAUUUGUUAAAUUAAUGCUUUAUUUUCCUGUUGGUUGUAACUGUAUUUUAAAUAGUUUCAGUGUAGCUUGCAUAUGUGUUUGUUGGGAUUUUUGGGCAUAAGCACAUGAAUUGUUCUUUUGCAAAUAAAACGUGAAAAUGCAUCUGUAAAAAUCCCUGUAAUCAGUUUCAUGUGGGGAAAAAGAAACACUUUCUCAAAUGGUCUUGUUUAUUGCACAAAAGCUUUUCUUUCUUUUCUUUUUUUUUUUGCUGAGUAACUGGCUGGUUGUCAUUUAGUCCUGACAGUGAAUUCCCUUUUCCACUCGGCAGUAGUGAUGUGUUAGAGACUAUUUGAGACAGAUAUACUCGCUGGAGGCUUUUAGUUUGUGGCUGGCUCUUGUCUUUGUUUUCCUGGGCAGAAGCCAACCAUUGUCUUUCUAAAUCCAAUAUGAGAGAGGCUUUCAUUGGUCAGGAACUAACAUCACAUUGUCCUUUGUACACAAUGACCUAAGUGAAAGCUUACGUGAAAGCCAUUCAUGACAGACUCGAUUUGCAGGGCUGAGUUAGCACAAUUUAAGACAAAAAAACACACACAUAUUCCAACAGGAAACACACUUGUGCUUUAUGCUGUUCACCUAAGUGGAACAGCAGUGGAAAAUAUGUGUGUGUAAUGUAGAUAAAAAUGUUUCGAUAAAGCUUUACAUUAAGAUUUUUUACUGCAUUAGUUAACAUUACACCACAGCACUGUUGAAUUGUCGAUUCUGAUUAGUCAGAAGGUGUUGAUUAAUUUUCUAUAACAGUAGCUCUGGCUAGAAGGCAAAUCACAGAUGCACCACAUGAUCUAACUCUAAUAAUAAACAUUGUUAUUUAACAAAGAAAAAUGCUUAAUUGUUGAUAUAGUGAAGUUUUCUCUAAGCAUAUGUUAAUUUAACAGUCAAUGUAACAGUCAGUAUGUUUUCCACCACAGGAAAGUCUUCACUACAGAGGAGUGUGUACUUUCUGCUUUCUAGAGAAUAUGACAAGCUGCUGGGUUUUUUUUUGUCUUAUUAACUUCAAGAAAGAGAAAAAAAGAGAGGCUAGUGAGGGAUUGAUUGUUUAUAGCCGCUAUAAC